AUGGCCAGAGAAAUUACUGAUAUUAAGGAAUUCUUAGAAUUAACCAGAAGAUCUGAUGUUAAGACCGCUACUGUUAAGAUCAACAAGAAAUUGAACAAGAACGGUAAGCCAUUCAGACAAACUAAGUUCAAGGUCAGAGGUACCAAAAACUUAUACACUUUGGUUAUCAACGAUGCUGGUAAGGCCAAGAAGUUAAUUCAAUCUCUACCACCAACUUUAAAGGUUAACAAAUUAUAA